CUGUCAAGGUUUGAGGCGGCACUCGAGGUAUGGCAUGGAUUUGCAAGCGCUAGACGUGCGAAGAAGACGCGUAGGUGGGAGAGCUGCGUCAUCUACGUGCACAAGGUGCUGCGUGAGGUGCAUCCCGACACUGGCAUCUUGUGGAAGGCGGCGUCGGCGGCGGCGGCGAUGUCCAUCAUGAAGUCCUUCGUGAGCCACAUUUUCGAAUGGAUUGCCGCCGAGUGGAGGAGCCGCUUGGCUCAUUACUACUGCAACAAUAAGAAGUCAACCAUGACGAGCAGAGAGACCCAGACGGGUGAAUUGGCGAAGCACGCGGUGUCGGCGGAGGGCACGAAGGCUGUGAACAACUUCACUGACUCCAAGUAG